UUUCGUUCGAUUGAUUGAUAUGUGGAAGUGGAUUGAAAUUGAUGAAAAAUCGUAAAAAAACGUAAUAAAAUUACGUUUUAAACGUUAUAUAAUUAGUUAAUUUUUGGAAUUUAAACUUCAAGUUACCCUUUAACUUUACAAUUCAUCAUGAAGGACGUAGUGUUUUCGUCUAGAGCAUACAGUAAAAUUAUAAUGCACUGUGCCAAAUACCCUCAUUGCGCUGUAAAUGGUGUCCUGCUCGCUGUAGAAGACAAAAAUACCGAUAAACCAAAGAGUAUUACUUACGUUGACGCUAUACCUUUAUUUCAUUUAUGUUUACACGUUACUCCAAUGGCAGAAAUAGCUCUAAGUCAGGUAGAACAGUGGGCUGAAUCUAACGGUUUGAUCAUAGCUGGGUAUUAUUUAGCUAAUGAAAACAUCAACGAUACCAGCUAUGACAGACCGGCUCACAAAAUAGCUGAUAAAAUAUCCGAAAAAUGUAAAGCAUCUUGUUUAGUCGUUGUUGACAAUAGAUUGGUUACGUUGGCCCAUACAACCCCUGCGAUUCGAACCUUACAGAAUGUAGAAAAUAAAUGGAAAUUAUUGGAUAAGUCCAAAGUCACAGUCGAAGAAGAAACAUUAGAAGCUACCUCGUCCCUGUUACAGGACAAGGUAUACUACGAUCUAGUAGAUUUCGAUAAUCACCUGGACAACAUAAAGUUAGAUUGGAAGAAUUCUUCGUUAAAUGAGCAAAUCGAAGGUAUAAUGAGCGAAAAAUCGUAGUCGCUGGAAAGCAUAGUCUCAACGAUGGCCAAUACACAUAAGAAUUGCGGUAAUAGUCGUUAAUGGUUUUUUUUCUACGUUGGCAUUCUUUUCUUUUUUUUUUUAGUUGAUUUAUUUGCGUAGUGUUAUCGGUAUUUUAUAAUUUUUCUACGAAUAUUCCAAAAACUGUAACGUUUUAUUGUCAAGUCGACAGUAUUUUCGUAAAUUUAUAUCACAUUCUGUAUUUCCUCUGCGAAGACAUAGAUGAAAGAGCAACACAGCGAAGGUUUUUUGAUGAAACCUUAUCAUUUAAUCGUUGAUGAUUUGUUCGUGUAUAAUAUAAACAUGCUAACGCCUGUGUCAAGUUGUUACUUUGGUAUCGUCAUCGUUUCAGUAUCACGACGAUGUAUGUAAUUCUUUACAAAAAAUUAUGUGAUAAUUUUAAGUCGUAUAUGUAGCUUGAAAAAUUCAUAUUGCUUCUGCGAGGUACCCUAAUGUACGAGUAUGACGUUUUCGUGUGUCAUCUCCUCCUCCAUAAACGCCCGGUAUAUUUUAGUAUCUUGGCCCUUGAGUAAAUUUUACUGAAAUCUAUAUGAUUGCGAUCAAAUUUCGAUGCUUUUAUUUCUGAGAAAAAAGAAACGAUUAUAUUUAUUCAAUUUUUUAUACCAUUUUGUAUUAUUCCAGUCUUGUACUGUGUGGUAUUUUCUAUUUUUAUUUUAUUCGUUUUUUAUGAACGUGAAACGUUGAAAAUUACUACGAACUAUUGUAUUUAUUAUUUUCCUCGGUGGCGUUAAACUCGAACUUUUCUGCUGGCAACUUGUACUUUCUUUUGUAGAAGUUGAUGAGAUCCUUAAAGGUGUCGAUUCGUCCUCGCAUAAUAUCCCUCAUUCCUCCUCCUGUUACCUGGAUUGUCACGCCACUGAAGUUUUAUUUUCCUCUACCUCACACACGAAAUAUUUAAAUCGCCCAUUUUGCUCACCUUAUAAUUAGCGUCUAGUAAUAGAAGGAGUUGUACGAUUUGUGAUGAAUCGUUCGCCCUUUUUACUGGUUCGGGUAAACGCGAGUUUAGUAUUGGGCGUUGCAGUGGUUUUUUUUUCUAAUUACGGUAUUGUUAUUAUAAUUAAUUUUUGAACACCUGUUCAUCUUUCAAAAUGAGUAAAUUAUUUUUAUUGCA